UUAAGGCAAUGUGGUGCCGUAUUAUGUGUCGGUGAAGACGCUUAUUUUUAGGAGUGAUUUCAGUAGACGUGUUCACACGGAGCUUUCGGGCUGCUACACACAGUUUUGUGUCCCCCCUGUAAAAACUCGGGUUCACAUAGGCUGCGGUGGGUAAAGUGUAGGGAGCCUGUACCAGGACCUGGGGGUAUUAUGAACAUCAGUGCAAUGCUGCUUGUCAGACGUGUCCACAGCCUGACUCGACUUGGCCCUCUCAACACACAAAGGCUUCAGGUAGCACCUGCAGCCGCAUCGUCCGCAGUUCGUCUAUGGAGCAGCAGCCGUGACGACCAGAGAUCGUACCAGCGUGGCCACAGUCCCAGCUGGAGAAAUGCCCUGGCAGGACUGCUGGCUGGUGCGGGGGCUGUACUGGCUUAUGGCCUGCACCACCACAAGGCUGAGCGGGCAGACACCAUUAGAGUGCAGACCACAGAGAAGUCCUCCAGUCUUCCCACCUUCAGCCAGGAGGAAGUGACGAAGCACCGUUCUCUGGAUGAUGGCGUGUGGGUCACUUACAGAGGCGGCGUCUAUGAUAUCACUGAGUUUGUCGCCAUGCACCCUGGUGGGGAUAAAAUCAUGCUGGCGGCAGGUGGAGCUCUUGAACCUUUUUGGGCACUGUAUGCUGUACACAAUGAGAAACACGUGCUGGACAUCCUCUCAGAAUACAAGGUUGGUGAGCUGAGUGCAGACGACCUGAAGAAGCAGCAGACUGUUGAGUCAUCUGACCCCUACGCUUUGGACCCAAAGCGUCACCCCAUGCUGCACACCAAUAGCCUCAAGCCCUUCAAUGCUGAGCCGCCACCUGAAAUCCUCACUGACAGCUACAUCACCCCCUCUGCCUUCUUCUUCAAAAGAAACCACCUGCCAGUGCCUCAGGUAGAUCCAGCUUCUUAUCAGCUUGUCGUGGAGGGACUGCCUGGAGGAGUGCUGAAGCUGUCUUUAGAAGAGCUGAAAACAAAAUUCCCCAAGCACACUGUCACUGCCACACUGCAGUGUGCGGGCAAUCGCCGGUCUGAGAUGAAUAAGGUCAAGCAGGUGAAAGGACUGAACUGGGGCCUUGCUGCGAUUGGUAACGCCACGUGGAGCGGUGCUAAACUCCGGGAUGUGCUGCUGGCAGCCGGCUAUGGGUCGGAUGUGGCUCAGUGGGCUCGUCAUGUUCAAUUUGAAGGACUGGACAAAGAUGUGAUGGGGACUGCCUACGGUGCUUCCAUCCCUGUAAACAAGGCAGUUAGUGAGGAAGGUGAUGUACUGCUGGCUUAUGAAAUGAAUGGUGAGGAGCUUCCUGCCGACCAUGGCUUCCCUGUCCGCGUUGUGGUGCCAGGGACGGUGGGUGCACGUAAUGUUAAAUGGCUCAGAAAGAUCAUUGUAAGCACAGAUGAGAGCAGCAGCCACUGGCAGCAGAACGACUACAAAGGCUUCUCCCCUGGGAUAGACUGGGACACAGUGGACUACAGGUCUGCUCCAGCCAUCCAAGAGCUCCCCAUUCAGUCUGCGAUCACCACGCCGUCAGAUGGCGCGGUGGUUUAUCGCAGCGCUAAAGAGGUGACUGUGAAGGGCUACGCCUGGAGCGGUGGGGGCAGAGAGGUGGUACGUGUAGAUGUUUCUCUGGAUGGAGGGAAGACGUGGCAGGUGGCCCAGCUAAGGGGCAAUGAGAAGGGACAAGGUCCAGAGUUCUCGCCUCCACCAGGGCGAGCAUGGGCCUGGAAGCUGUGGGAGGUAUCGGCUCCUCUUCCUCCUGAGGUUCAAGAGCUGGAGAUAGUUUGCAAGGCGGUUGACAACAGUUACAACAUGCAGCCGGACACCAUUUCUCCCAUCUGGAACCUGAGGGGUGUCCUGAGUAACGCCUGGCACAGGGUGAAGGUGAACAUCAGAGAGGAUGCAGUAGAAGAAUAGACUCAGCGAUCUGCUCCACCUUCAAAAUGCACACAAUAG